ACUCUUUGUGGUGGUGUAAUUCGUGAUGUUUAGGGGAAGGGAGGGGUGGACGGUGGUGCUGGUGGAGGGCUGAGCCAGGAGGGAAGGGGUGUGCCAUUAUAAGAAGCCUCAGAGGAGGCAUGUGUUCAGUUGUUGAAACCCCAAGGCUAAGGAUACGCGCUAAAUCACCAAAGUCUCUUACAGGAGGAGGACUCUGCUAGAAUACCUUGAAGUCGCAGACACAGAUUGCAACCAGAUCCGGAACGCGCAUUUGUCCCACCUUUUAAAAUCUCGACUCCGGUUGUUCUGCCUGUCUGGGUGUUCGGAGCAAUGAAGGUCCCUCUGUGGUGCCUGGUGGUGCUGCUGGUGUGUCUCUUCACCCCUGGACGCAGCGACUGCCAGGGUCAGUGUGCGGCCUGCGGUCUGCUCCUGCAACAGCAGCAGAAGCAACAGCUGCAGCAAGCCUUCAACGUCAUGGUGUGUUUGUUGGAGUGUGAGGGCCACGUCUCCUCCUCACUCACAUGGGAGCUGUGCAAACGUGCUGUCAAGCUGACACAGCACCACUUGAUUCCCGAGGGAGAUGCUCUGUUUAAGAGAACAGGAGAGGAGCUGGACUUGGCCUCCCUGGGCCUGAACUCAGACGACGAGCUGCCGCAGGAGGACGACCAGGAUGACACACCGGUGGAGCAGCGCAGUGUUCACUAUGACUCAUCGCUGCUGGACUCCUCCGAGGACAAGGACGGCCUGCAGGAUUUGGACUUCAGUCUGCUGGACGACGAGAUGAAGCUGAGGGAGGAGAGGAGCAUGGAGAGCGACGGCCAGCUGGAGGAGGGCGAAGGCGACAGCUCCGAGGCCGUCAUCUUGUCCAAACGCUUCGGCGGCUUUCAGAGAGGGCGCCACAGCUACAGGAAGCUGAUUGGCUCGCCCAUGAGGGCACCGCGGAGAGGGCACGGCGGGGUGUCGAAGAUCUUGCCGUAUGCACUUUCCUGCAUGUGUGGAUGA